AACUCUUACCAAAUUGAAACCAGGAAGUGAAUGUCUGCAAUAAAUAAAGAUUGAUGACGAGCAAUCAAAAGCAAACCGUGUGUUUUAAGCGAUGAUAGAGCGAAGAAGAAAUACAGUAAAAUCAAUAUGUGAUAAGGAGCGCUAGCUAAGAUUACUGUCAUGGGCGGAAAGCACUGCAGUCAUCUUCGUAAGGCUAAGAUAGUUCACAAAGAAAAACAAUUGAAGAACAGAUAAAACCUUUGAGAAAGUCCGAAGAAGUAAAAGAUGGCGUUACUUCGCUGGAUGAGAAGACGAGCAAAAUGUUGUUGUAUGACAUGUUGUGGAGUGUUUGUAUUUAUAAUAGCUUCACUUGCCUUAUUUGGUCGAUACCUUUACAAGAAAGAGCACUGUACUGAUGUUGAAUCUAAACAGAUAAUAGAAGGCUUGUGUGACCUGUACAGCCAGGGAGAAGUGACAGGCUCUUUAUGCAGUGCUUUAUGUGAAUCUAGGGACCUUCAUUAUCAAACAUGUACAAAUUACAGAAAGGGGAAAAAAGUUCUAUUUCUAACCUGUGACUCGUGCAUACCAGGAAAAACGUCUGUCUCAGUUGUGCUGAAAAUGAAGACGGAUCUAUCAGAAAGAGAUCAGUUAGAUAUGAGCCAUCUAGAGUUGGAUACAGAACAGCGACAGAAGGAUUAUGUCAGGGAAGUUGAGUUUUUAGUAAAAAAUUCCUUUAUGUUUUUACGUCAUAAGGAUAUGUCGAAACAUAAAGAUAUUCUAUCAUUUGCGUGGGGUUGGAAUUUUCAUGAAUAUUUGAAAAAUAGUAACAAUAGACAGAAAGCUGUUGUUGUUGCAUCCUCUAGUCUCUGGUCACUGACAGAACAGCAGGAAUAUUUGAUGUCCCGAGACCUGUAUAACUAUUCGUUCAUUCCAAGGAUUUAUGGUACAUGUGGACCUGCAUAUGUUGUUGAAAACACACAAACUUUGGGCAAUUAUGAGUUUGAAAUGUUCAAAGGUUGGCCUCAUUCUUGGAAAGAAAGAGCUGCUAUAGCCUUGAAAUUGAUUCAUCUCAUUAAAGAUUUGGAUAAUCUUGGCCAAAAGCUUCAUCUCUGUGAUAUAAAACCUGACAAUUUUGGUUUGAGAGACAAUGGGGAGGUAACUCUGAUAGAUACAGACUGUGCCAUGUUUGAGAGGAAUUUACUAGAACAGUUCAAUCACACAAACUGUACAAAGCAUGAUGACUGUGACUUCUUUGACUGUCGGGGAUUUUGUGAUACUAAAACCAAACAGUGUUUAUUAGAGAGGACCAAUAAUAAUAUGCAGUCUUUAUGCGAGGAUGUAUUUGUGGGAUAUUUUCCGAAAAUGCCAACUGGUUUACUCAGGGACCCACCAGGUGCUAUCAAGGUGGAACUGUUUAAACUUCUUCAGGAGUGCUCGAACCCGGUGGUGGAGACAGAACGUCACAAUGCACGGCAACAUGCACAACCAAACACAGUGAAAAAACUACAAGAACUACUUCUGCGAAGUAUUGUUGACUUAUCUUAACCUUUAGCCUGCUAAAUUUCUAAAAUGAACUGAUCCAUUAUUCAAUUUGGGCAAUACCAUUUAUUAUUUGAAGGGGUGUUCACUGAAAAUUUACUGACUGAAUAGCGAACAGUGCAGACCAUAAUCAGCCUGCACAGAUGUGCAGGUUGAUCUUCGUUUGCACUGGUCGCAAAGGCAGAAUCUGACAUUAAAAUGUUUUAACUACUUUUACUUUUGCUUGAUUUUUCUUUUCAUAUAAACUAUUUUUUGCAUUUAUAUAUUUUUAAUCCUAGAUAUUUCUUGAGGAAUUAUAGAAUAUGUUGAAAUAUGUUUGUAUAUGUUGUAUAAAAUGUUGACAUUCCUUAACACAAAGUGAUAUCAUAUAAGUGUAAAGUGGAAUAUGUCUGGUUGAGACAUAAGACCAGUACCUUAAAGUAUUAUUAGAGUAUGUAACAUUUGUCUGUACGAUACUGUGAUAUAUUUGGAUGAGUACCCAUUUGCAAAAAAGUAUAUGAACAUGAGCUGGUAGGCAUGUCCAAUAUGUUUGCUGGAUGGAUGCAAGUUCAAAUAUAACACAUACUGUACAGAAAAAUUAAAAAUAAUCUUUUUAUUGUAUGCCUAUUUUUCUUUAUAAAUUUGUAGACGUACAUGAUCUCAUCUAUAUUCCAGGUGAUCAAAACAUUAUGUAACAUGUAAUGAAAACUUAUAAAAAAGAAGAGUACAUCAAAACUUAUUAAAAAGAAAAGUACUUAAAAUUGUUUAUUGACAACGAAUUUCAUGUCCAUAUUUUAUCAGUCAACAGCGUUUAUUGUUUUGUUAACAUGGGAUUUUGUAAAAAAAAGUUGCAUCAUCCAAUACGGAAAUAUGGUGGUUGGUCACAUGGUACAAAUGCAAAUAACUGAUUGAAAGAGAAGAAAGAAGGACAGAAAAAAAUCAUGUACAUCAUGUUUUUUACUUUUUGCAGCUAUAAAACUUGCAUUUUGAUAAUUUUGUUAGUUCUAUACAUAUUGUGUAAAAUAAGUGUAAACAUCCUUGUAAGUAUGUUAAUAGGUUGAAAUUGAGUAAAGAAAGAUAUUGCAAUAUGCAGACUAAUCAGUAGGCUAGUGUUUAUGCUUUACAAGUGACAAUUUUUAUGUUUUUGAAGAUACUCUGUAAGAAUAUCAUUUUAACUUUUAGAAGUCAGAGAAAAUGAUCUGUUAGGACUACAGCUGUGAUGAACUGUUUAACCUGAUGGAAAUAUUACCUCAGUUUUAGGCUGAGGUGGAUGUAAUUAGACAAAUGAUGUACAUUUCUUAUGUCGAGGUCUAACUCCAGCAUGAUUAAACUGAGAUUGGUGAUCUCUCUUAAGAAAGCAACCUUGCCAUUGGUCAGUGUCAAAGGUUGUGCUCACAAACAGCCAAUCAGAUGCUGCCAUUUUUUUUUUUGAGAUUUCCAAACUGCUUUAAAAUGCGGCACCUUGGUUAUGUAAUUGAUCUAAUUAUUACAGUUCUGUGUUGUAUUUAUAGGAAUUCUAGAUGUGGUAGAACCCGAUAUUUUUUAAAAGAAAAAUGAAUUGUACAGACGAACAUUACAGAAUAUUUUUUAUAUAAAUUAUUAUAUUUAUAUCAUGAUCUGAACAUAAUAUUAUUUUGUAGAUCUGAAUUUUAGCUGCUUUCUGAAAGUGUGUGACAAUGUUAAGGUGUGUGUUUACCUUAGUUAUAAUUUGACAUUAAAUUCUCGGAUAUGAGGACCAGCUUUUUACCAAGUUUUUAAAGUUUAUGUUGUAUAGAUGAAAUGCAGUUACAUUUUAAGUCUUUUUUUCUUUUAAAGGGACCAUUACUUAUAUCAGAGUUUUAUGUAGGGCUGUUAGUGAUAGAAAUAUAUAUUAUAAGAAUCUAUCCCUGGUUGAAGGUGCGCAUUGAAAUAUCUUACUCAAGGCUCUGCCGAGUUACCACAAAAAAGUUACCUGAGAUCCAGAUAUUUCUAUCCGCACCUUCAACCAAUGUUGGAUUCUUUUUCUUGCAUACCGUAUUCUUCAAAUAUUAGAAGAAAUGUAAUAAAGCGAAUGCUUUUCUUUCAAGCACUAUUUUAUUAUUAAUUGUAGCGUAUGAAUUUGCGCAUUCAUUCAUAAACUACAACACAUGAGUCAUCUUACACCCCGGGGAGUAAUUGGAGUUUUUCUAUCACCGGCAAAAGCACAGGAAAAUCCUGUCUGGCAUGCAAGAAUAUUCAAUUCUUAUCUGGCAUGGAUUCAUAUAAUGAUUUGCAUGUCCCUAGUAUUCAAGUUGAUAGUUUGAUUUCAUGGGGAGUGAUUUAACACGAGUUUUGAGCUAUUGAUUUUGUAAAGAUUGGUGGACUAAUUUAAUGUACAAUAUCAGAGGUAUAGGGACAAUUUAUUUAAAUGGAUCCAUGCUAAUUAUUAAACAUUUGAAAGAAGCAGAAAAAAGUUGUUUUAUUAAACAAAACUUGCUAAAGAAUGUCAAACAAAGAGAAUGUAUGAAAAAAUUAACCGAAAGUUAUUAUCAUUUCCAAGUUAGUUUGAGAUCAGAAUAUGGUAAAUAAUGGUUACCAACAAUGUAAUGAAAAAAGUUAUUCUUGAAUUUUUCUGUCAAUAACCAUUGUAAGUAGUCUCUGUAAGUUUUUUUUCAAAUGUUUGACAUGCAAUGAUGCAUCUUCCUGUAAAAUAUCCACUAAAAAUAUAUGAGCCGCACCACGAGAAAACCAACAUAGUGCGUUUGCGACCAGCAUGGAUCCAGACUAGCCUGCGCAUCCGCGCAGUCUGGUUAGGAUCCAUGCUGUUUGCUAACGGUUUCUCUAAUUGCAAUAGGCUUUGAAAGUGAACAGCAUGGAUCCUGACCAGACUGCGCGGAUGUGCAGGCUGGUCUGGAUCCAUGCUGGUCGCAAACGCACUAUGUUGGUUUUCUCAUGGCACGGCUCAUAUACAUUUUCACAGCCUGUUGGCACUUGGAAACAUUUAUUUAGCAUUUGAUGUUUCUAUGCCUCUCUUCAAAAAAGGGAAUUUAGUGUUUUCUCUUGUUAGCAAGUCCCUCCAUUCAAAGGUAGAUCAUUUAGUUUGUAAUCAGUAACUGGAGAACCUUUGUACCUACCACAGUCAUCCUAUUUUGUAGGAUGCCUGCCUGUUUUUAGAAGACAACUCCUACUGUUUUGUAGUUAAUAGGUCAAGGUCAUAGCGUUCUAGUGGCUAAUCAACAUCUAGAGAAUGAUUAGAGCUAAAGCCUUCUUACUUCACAGCAUAAUUGCCUGUGGUCAGUAGCUUCAUAUUGUUUUGGAGUUAAUUAUGUCAAAGGUCAAGGACACAGAGACUGGAUCUGAAUUACUGUCAAAGGUCAAGGACCUUGAGACUGAAUCUGAAUUUCAUACCCAUUGUUCACUCACAGGCCAUCAUGGGAGUAGUAAGUGUUUCACAAACAGAUUUGUGUUUUAUUAACCUUUACCCUGCUAAAUUUCUAUAAUUGGCUGGUCCAUCAUUCAAUUUGCAGGCUGAUCUUGGUCUGCCCUUGUCGCAAAGGCAGUCACUCGCCGUCAGCAGGCUAUUAAGAUUUACACAUCUACAUGUCAUUCCAUUGGGUACUGCCUAUCUAUAUAUAUAUAUAUAAAUACUUUUGUUUUGAUAUAUGGAUACAGACAUUUACAAUAUCAUUAAUGAAAGUUGUUGUUGUUACGAAGUUUAUGAUUUUUUAUUUUUGAUCUUUUUGUCAAAAUUGUAAUAAUUAUUGAAUGCAACUUUCAUCAUGCUGAUUGUUUAUGAAGAGAUUCUGGUUUAGCAAUACCUAGGUAUGAUUUAUUUUGUACAAUAUAAUUAAUAUUGGUGCUGGAUUUUACUUUGUAUCAUGUUAGCUCUGUUUUGUGCAAUUGUGGUAAAAUGGGUGUAAUUACAUAUGAAUUAAGUUAUUUUGCACAUAAGGAAGAAAUUAUAGAGUUACAUUAAUAUGUGUAAACUUAUGGUUACAAGGGAUGAUUUAAGUAUUUUGAAAAUUUUAAAGUGUAUAUGUUGGAUUUAAUAUUGAUUAUUUAUUUACGUUUAAGGUCAAAUAAAUUUGUUUUUAUACAAAUUAGUUGUUAUUUCAAAAACUUUUGUCAAUGAUCCAAAAAUAAGUUGGUAUGUUAUUAAGCGCUUGUGGGAAUUGAGUAAAACUUCACACACUUGCUGACAUGCAGUGCACAUAUAAUUAUAUUCCAUAUCAUUCUCUUUUUUUUUGCAUUUUCACAAAAUUAUUAUAUUUUGGUAAGCAUUGUUGUCUGAUAUAAUCGUCAAGAUUUUCUUUUACAUCUUUUAUGUGUUGUAUUUUAUAGUGGAGUUUCUUCUUUAAAUAGAUUUUUUUUGUUAAGUAAACAUAUUUUCCCCCAACGUAUUUAGACAUAUACCCUGCAAAAGUGGAUUGCUUGUAUGCACCAGGUAUUCCCAUUUUUGACUGGACAUUAAUUUUCCAUCAUUGCAAGUUAUUACAAUAAAUCUGAAUAUAUCUAACUGAGCAUGAUGUAUAGGAUAGGAAAUGCCAUUUUUAAAGGGACUGGCCUCUAGAUUUAUUUUUAGCCCACCAUCAUCAGAUGGUGGGCUAUUCAAAUCACUCUGCGUCCGUGGUCCGACGUCCGUCCUUCCGUCCUUCCGUUAACAAUUUCUCGUUAUCGCAUCUCCUCAGAAACUACAAGGGGGAAUUUGACCAAACUUUGUCAGAAUGAUGUAUUGGUACCCUAGUUGUGUCCCCCUGAAAAUCAGACUGGUUCAACAAUUCUUUAGUGAGUUAUGGCCCUUUGUUUAUUUCUAUAAUUUACAUAGAUUUAUAUAGGGAAAAACUUGAAAAUCUUCUUGUCCAAAACCACAGAGCCUAGAGCUUUGAUAUUUGGUAUGAAGCAUCAUCUAGUGGUCCUCUACCAAAAUGAUUCAAAUUAUUUCCCUGCAGUCUAAUAUGGCCCCGCCCCGGGGGUCACAUGGUUUAUAUAGACUUAUAUAGGGAAAAACUUUGAAAAACCUCUUAUUCAAAAACACAGGGCCUAGGGCUUUGAUAUUUUGUAUGCAACAUUAUCUAGUGGUCUUCUACUAAGAUUGUUCAAAUUAUUCCCCUAGGGUCAAAUAUGGCCCUGCCCCAGGGUCACAUUGUUUACAUAGACUUAUAUAGGGAAAAACUUUGAAAAUCUUCUUGUCCAAACCACAAAGUCUAGGGCUUUGGCAUUUGUAAUGUAGCAUCAUCUAGUGGUUCUCUAUCAAGUUUGUUCAAAUCAUCCCCUAGGGUCAAUUAUGGCCCACGCCCUGGGGGUCACAUGGUUCAUAUAGACUUAUAUAGGGAAAAGCUUUUAAAAUCUUCUUGUCAAUAACCUACAACAUUCAAGUUUGGACUACCUGUAUGGUUUUGAGUGGCAAGAUGAACCUUGACAUGAGUUGACCUUGAUUUUGACCUAGUGACCUACUUUCACAUUUCUGUAGCUACAGCCUUCAAAUUUGGACCACAUGCAUAGUUUUGUGCACUGAAAAAAACUUUGACCUUGAUAUUGACCUAGUGACCUAUUUUCACAUUUUUGAAGGUACAGGCUUCAAAUUUGGACCACAUGCAUAGUUCUGUGUUCCGAAAUAAAAUUUGACCUUGAUUUUGACCUAGUGACCUUCUUUCACAUUUCUCAAGCUACAGCCUUCAAAUUUGGACCACAUGCAUAGUUUUGUGUUCCGAAAUGAAAUUUGACCUUCAUUUUGACCUAGUGACCUAUUUUCACAUUUCUCAAGCUACAGCCUUCAAAUUUGGACCACAUGCAUAAUUUUGUGUACCGAAACAAACAUUGACCUUUAUAUUGACCUAGUGACCUACUUUCACAUUAUUGAAGGUACAGGCCUCAAAUUUGGACCACAUGCAUAGUUCUUUGUUCCGAAAUAAAAUUUUACCUUGAUUUUGACCUAGUGACCUACUUUCACAUUUCUCAAGCUACAGGUUUGAAUUUUGACCACAUGCACAGUGUUUUGUACGGAAAUGAAAUUUGACCUUGAGCUAGUCAGUAAGUCUUAAAAUUUGGAAUUCUCAAAAAUGGCACAUUGGUGGGCGCCAAGAUCACUCUGUGAUCUCUUGUUUUUAGAUGCUAUAUUUCUUAAGGCUUUAAAACUUAAUUACUGACACACUACAUGUUACGGAAACACAUGAGAAUUUGCUGUUUUCUACUUUUUACGAUGAAUAUCAAAAAGCAUUUGUAACGCUUUUACUCCAGGUAAACUGUCUUGGAUUAUAAAUUUCUAUUGGUUACGACGACGGGAAAAUGUCUUUAUUGCCGCUGCGGUCCGGGGUUCGAUUCCCGAUGCGGUCAUCUUUUUUUCUUGAUAUGGAAUUUUUAAUACAUUUUAGAAACAAAAACUCAUAUUCUAAUGUUCAUAAUAUGACCAAACUUCAAUAAAGAUUAUUUUUUAGCCAAA